AUGCGACACAGCGGUCAUAAAUUGAAACAAGAGAGAUUCAGACUGGAUAUAAGGAGGACUGUCCAGCAGUGGAGCAGAGCUGAGGACCUGGGUGAUCACACUGAAGUAAAGUCUGCUGCUGACCAAAAUAAAAAGCAGAUAACUGAGCAAGCAUACGCAAAUCCUUCAAGGGCUCCAAAUAAUCUCCCAGAAACAAACUACUCCAGUGACAGUGAAAGAAAGACCAGCAAAUCAUCAUAUGGUGCCUAUGAAGAAAAUAUAACUGGAAAUACUAUCAAAACUGUUUACUCUACUUCUGAUCGGAGUAUAAUUGGAAAAGAUAUAUGUACAUACUGCAGGAAGCCCUUGGGUAUAGAUGCCAAAAUGAUCUUAGAUGCCUUGCAAAUUUGCUGUCAUUCGACUUGCUUCAAGUGUGAAGUAUGUAAAAGACCACUGGAAGAUCUGAAAGCAGGAGACAGCAUCUGGAUUUACAGACAAACUGUGCAUUGUGAGCCUUGCUAUUCCAAAAUUAAAGAAAAAUGGAUCUACUAAUUCUGACAUACAGAAAGCAUGAUAAAGAAGUUCCACUAGUGUUUAGCUAGGUGUAUUGGCCUGUUAAUUCAAACUACUAUGGGAAGUGAUUCAUUUUUAUUGCUAGGAACAAAUACUCUAAAUGCAGUCCUACUGCAUGGUUUCCAAAGGAAUUAAUUUCAUGAGAAUUUAGAUGCCCUUUCAUACACACAUUCCAGGAUACAAAACAAGAUGUUGUUCAAUAUAUUCAUCAGAUCUGUGAAACUGCUAAACUGUAUGCAAAACUAACGAUAAUUUAUUGAAAUUUUCUGAACAGCUGGACAUACCUGCACAUAUGUUUUGAAGGGACUAUAUUCUCUUUACUGAAAACACAUCUCCUCAGGUAUAAAGAUCUGUUAUCUUUGAAUAGCAUGAAUGCCAUUAAUCUCAUCAAAGAUUAGUCAUUUAAAAGUCAGCUAUUCAGUUUAAACUACUAUUUUCACACAGAGUGAGGUGGGUUCACUCUGCACCUUUGAGGAGAGAGAUCAACCUCCAGAGGAAGAUUCUUCCCAAGUAACUUAAAUGGUAACUUUAAGAUGGAACAAAUAAUCUUUGGAAAAUGCAUCUCUAUUACUGCAGAGGGAUUCUAGGCAAAAAUCAUUAGAGCAUUUUAAUUAACACUCCAUGUUUGUAAUUCUGGUAACUAUUGUAUUACCUUUUUUUUUCCCAGAAAUGCACACUUAAUAGUUGCCAUGAAUCAUGAAAUACAUACUUUGCGUGACAUUAUGUUGUUGUAUUUAUCUUUCCUACUUGAUUAAACUGACUAGUAUCUAAACGCCUUGGAUGGAUUCAUCUUGCCUAAAUUUAAACAUCUACAGUGUAGACAUCUACUUCUAAGUUACUUGAUCUAUUCUGUCUUUACAGUCAUAUAGAGAAGUAGACAUUUUUAGGAAGUGAUUCAAUUGGUCAGAUUGCAAACAUCUAUUUUAGCAUGAUGUUAAGCAUGCUCUGAAUGUAUGUCUUACUUUCCAUGGUUUGCAAAGGAACCUGGAGUGAAUAGUUCAGGUUUCUAGACAUCUACAUUAGGUCAGAUGAUAGAUAAACUCCUUCCUUUGAGACUACAGUGAAAGCAUUUUUUUUCCUUUUGGACAUCAUAUGUGUAUUAAAGUAUACAAACUGAAAGAAGAGCUCAUGCUUUGUUACAAUGUGUUUCCACAACACUCAAUAUUUACCUGGCAUAUUUGCCUAAAAUAAUAAAUAGUUCAGUAGUUUACUGGACAAAAAAAGGUGUUGACUACUAGUCUCUGCCAUGAGAUUGUUUAGAUCAUGGUUAUUCAGAACUGAUUUUAUUACCUGACAUCUCAGCUUAAAAGGACUUCCUGGAUAUGACCAUGACAGAGUUAGAGUGCUCAGAGGCUGCGGGACCUGAGCAAGAGCUUAGAAAAGUGAAAAGUGCCAAAGCCAUAGAUUAAUAUUAGACUGUUGAAUGGCUGUCCCAGCCAAACUUGCUCUCCUCAUCUGCACAUUCAGUAGUGGAGACAGGAGGUAUGGAUGUCUGUGUAAUUUAAACCAUUGGGCCUGUAGCUGAAUAAUGAUGUAAUCUGUCUUGCCUGGCUUAAAGGAUGUUCAGACUGAUAUGCAAAGGAGACAUGAAAUAGUAGAUAGUUUGUUUUGUUAGUUUUAUGAAAAUUUCUUAUGAAUUAAUGGCAGUAGCUUUAAUAAACCUGUUAUUAUAGAUGCUUU